GAAGACUGUUUCAAGGUUCCUGAAUAAACUGCUUGGAGAAGAGUCACAUCUUCUUUGCUGGUCGAGGUGGUCGCCACACAUGUUGCAGUACUUUUACACCCAAAUGGGCUUUCCUUAAAACCCUGUGACAUCAGUCAUGAGAGUGAACUUUCUUCUCUGCCGGAGAGUCAAGACAUGAAAGAACAUGAAAAGCAGCUUCAGGUGUUAGAGAGCCCUGUGAACACCUUAGAGCAGCAGCUGAAAUCAACUGAAGCUCAUUAUGGAACAGAGAUCCCGACAGUUCAGGGAAGCUUUGAGACCAUCCAUGGACGGUCAGCACAUCCAAGUGUUGAUUCAAUGGUAUUCAAAGACAGUGAUUUACAGAAAACAGUUUGCCGUGGAAAUUGUCGACCUGACCACGUCAUCAUCAUAAUAGAGAAGAGAUGCUUGAGUCAUUUAGACAGAACCAAGUAAAAACAGAGUCAUCGAGGUGCCUACAUGAACUGAAUGAGCAUGUACAGGAACAGUCCAGGUCCAGAGAGAAUCCAGCAGUUGAUCUCAAUGAAGCUGAAUGUAAAUGCCUUGCCUUUGGUCACUGAUACAGGAGAUGUUUCAGUCUUAAAACAGGUAUUGUUGAUGGGAAUUUGGAUGAAAGAAUUCUUUUGGAAAGACAAAUUCAGGAAAACGCCUGCACGAUAGAUCAUCUAGAGCACGAGUUGCUAUGCAUGAGUGGGAGACUUCAAGAACACGAAGAAGAGCAACAGCAAAUACAGGAGGAGCGAGCAUUGCUGUCCAGGCAGAAGGAGGCCUUGAGAGCAGGGGCUGGCCCAGUGGAGCAGCGGCCAGCAGAUGUUGCGGUCGAUGCAGCUCCUGGAGCAGAUGUGCACAGUUGCAUGCAAUGCUAUUGGGAACUCAGAACAAAGGACACAUGGACCAGGAGCAACAGCACGCUGUACCUAUGAAAAGUGUUGGCAUGGCUGCUGAUGAGCUCCAGGCUGAUGCACUGAAGCCAGAAGAUGUCUCUGCCCAGGACUCUUCUGAGCUUCUAAAAACCCUGUCUGCUUUCAGUUGCCUUAAACAAAACUGCAAAGGUUACAGAAGUCUAGAAACACAGUUACUAACCCUGGAGCAAGGAAAGUCAAAACCAGAACUUCUUCAAAAGAAGAUCAAUAUUCCUCAAAAUUUACUAGUAGAAAAAAUAGCUGAAGCCAUUGUUAGUCAAGCACAACUGGAGACCUUUCAGCAGUACAUGAAGUACUUCCAAGAGAAGAGAGCAUCAGAACCGGAAAUGACAGAUAGGUACAAUGUAAAUCCUCUGACAGGAGACAACACAGUAAUAGACAUCUGCACAUUAACUGUGAGACUAGCACAGUUAGAGAACCAAGUAGCUGAAAUGCGUUCUAAAUUUAUAACAGAAAAACAACUUGAAAUUGCAGAGAAAAGGGUUUCUGAUAUAGAAAAAGUACUGAAGCUGCAGAUGCCUCUAGGCGAGGACACUACAAAAAGGCAGGAGAUUAAAGAAAACGAAAGAAGCCUUCAAGAUUUGGAUAUAUCUGAGACAAGAGUUGAUCUAAUUCAUGCCAGUGGAGACCGUGGAUUUUUGGAUGAACUUGAAGCUCUUGGAGCCGGAUCGGUGUCUCACAAAGAACAAGAUGGUUAUAAAGAACAAGCAGACAGCCAUGAAGAGCUCUUGGGCAGUGAAUACGGAACACCUAUGAAAUGUCUCCAGAAAGCUGACAGAUGGACUGUGCCAGCUGAAAAUCACACAUUAUAUACUCAAAUUAAUGGGAAAAAAUGACUGGGACCAGAGAACAAGAAACUUCAAGCCAAAGUGUUUUGAUGAGCACUAGCAUGAAUUUACAGCCAGCUGGAAGCAUUCAGUUUGAUACUCCAUAAAAAAAGUUUUAUUCAGGCAAAUUAUCUCAUUGCACACAGGAGAUAAUUGAUAGUAUUGUUAUCAGUGUUAAUAGUUGUCAAAUUGGUUUUAAAUAUCUAUAUUUUAAAUAAAGAGGUAGUACAUUGA